AUGCAGCUGCACGCGCUCAAGCUGCGAGCGCGGGAAAUCAGACAGAUUUUAGACUUUAACAAUUACUACAGCCUUGCCUUCGAGCAAAAAGUUUUGUAUCCAGUUUUUACGUUUAGACAAAGAAAUAGAAAACUACGCUUUUGGUGGUUACUCAGUCGAGAAUGUAGGUCAUUAGUAUACGUUUAUCGAAGUAAAGGUAGGUCACUUGUUAGAAAAAAUCCUCAUCAACCUUACUCGUUUUUCGGAGCGCAGAAAGCGGACCUGGCGUACAGGUUUGUUGACAUGGUUUUCCAUACGCAAGCAACGUAUGUGAUCGGGAGUAGCACCAGCCUGCUAAGGCACAGGAAUGCGCCGGCAGAGCCUUACGAAAAACUACGAUAUUCGAGGUUUUGAUAGUACGCUGAAUAUUAGAAAUUAUGUUGGUUGGUGCUGAGAAAGCCACGCGCCAUGAGAAGUGAAACCUGCAAAAGCAAAUCUUAUUGUUAGAGAAUAUUACAGAAAGAUCGUUUAGUAGAAGGUAAAAAUAAUACGUCCAGAAACGAUAUGAAGGUGGUAGUGCAAACUACUUGGCACAACUAGGAGUUACACUUUUUUCCAGAGAAUACAGCAGGAGAGAGAAUUAGAUACAUCGCUCUACACUUUAAUAGUUCCUUUUCAAAAUGUGAUUUGACAAUACAGCUUUUUCCAGACCUGUCUUUUCGGAGCAUUGGAACCAAAAAUGCCUCGGAUCGAUUGUCGUAGGAAAUAUAUUUCAGAACUUCAGUUUUUUUUCCUGAGUUACGCGACACACGGAAGGAUUGUGUCGUCGCGCAUCUGCUAAUCAAAGCAUCAGCUGCCUUUCGCAUACUGAGGUUGCAAAAAGACAAAGAGUCCGGAGUGAAAGAACGACCAGUCUAGGUCAUUUGUUUUUUAUUUUGAAGAAACGGAAGGCGUGACUGCGAUGCCAGCACGAGAAUGGGUGUGGAUACUUCGUUGCGGUGUGGAUACUCCGAGGUGCAUUUUUAAUAGGCCGGGAGCUGCUCGUCUCGCACUCGCAGUGAUCGUCGGCACUGAUCAAAGUGUACCCCCGAAAGCACUGAAGACACCCGCGCAGCUAUCUUCAUCCGGUAUUCUCUAGAUGCUAGCUGGGAUAGAAGCAAGAAGUAUGCACGCUCCCGCACUGGGGACAACGCAACAUGACUUUUUCAAAGGGCCACUACCGGAACUAGCAGUUUUUGAAAAUGCCAUGCAUCAAUCAAUUUAUUUUUGUCGCAUCAUCUUCACGCACUUCCACUUUGUAAUACACACGCACGAAACGAAGAACCAGGAGUGUUUUAUGGCCGCCUUUGAAAGAAAGGUAUCGGCGCUUUUCGACAAUGCCAGGACACAAUAGGUACGCGCCACACCGAUUUGAAAGUUGCUCGCGAAUAUUGAAAGCUACUAGCUAGAGCAGAAAACCUGGAAAUGCGUUGCUCUACGUACUGUACAUUAUUUAUUGUCCGGCACACCUGCUGCUGUUUCCGGUGCUGCAACCGUGCAGCACCGAACAUAAGAAGGUGCAAGCCAUGCUACGAAGAUGCUGGCAUCACAACAGCAACGCCUCGUGGGCGAGCACAGAAGCAGCGAGAGCACGCAGCGAAAAUCAAGUGGCUGUCGAAUAAGAUAUACUCAUGUACUAAACUUGAUAUUUUUGACAUUUGGUAGUGGUUUUCUUUGAGAUCUACUGAGAUCGUCUCACCUACUGAUUUGCAGAAAGGUAUGACAUUCGGAGCUUAGCGUCGCAAGAGCUUCUUGGCAUAGAGAAAACGCACUAGUCAUCAUCAUCGCGCAUUUACACCAUAAGAAUAUAGAAGGGACCGAGACAAAAUAUGCAACAUGUAAAGAAAAGCAAAUUUUCGUGGCCCCCUUUCUACGGAAAAAAAUGAUUCAUGCAAGCCAACUUAUUCAGGAGGGCUUUGGUUUUUCUGAUGCGGAGGGACAGGAUUGCGAUUGGGUUCCUAAAGAUGCGAGGCCUGUUCGGUCUUUUUUCUAUAGGGCCGCAGCAGUUGCAAAUAUUCUCAAACGCGGACUCUAUUGUUUUUUUUUAUUCGUCAUAGAAGUGUUGCGUUUUUUUCUUUGCCGGAGAGCAGUGUUGGCAUGUCGAAGAGAAUUUGCAACUCGCUAGCAAGAAAGAGUCACAAUUGUGCACCUGGAAAGACGUGGGCGAGCGGAUAAUAUCAGUCUUGUGAAGAUGAAUACAAGUUACCUACGUAC